CGACAAGAUUUAUCACAAUAUGUCGAUGCAACCGGACAACAAGCGGUCGAGAGAUCAACUGAGCUCGAGCGACCAUGAAGACUCGAGCAUUGCAGCCGACCUACUCCGCAUACGCGAAUCCAUGGGCAUAAUGGAGAAACAACUACAGAAGCUGGAUCUACUAAAAAAGCUAACAGACGAUGUAGAAGAAUUAAAACAUUCCGUGGAAUAUAACAACUCCUUGAUCGACGUCCUUAAACAGGACAACGCUUCACUUAGAAUGGAAGUUAACACUCUCAAAAAACUGACAGCUGAUCUCCAACAAAAGAAUCACAAAAUGUCGAAUGACAUUCUCGACAUGCAAAGUAGGAGCAUGAGAGACAAUAUAAUAAUCCACGGACUUCCCGAAACACAAAAAGAAACUUACCAGUCCACAGAGCAACUAGUGAAAACUUUCAUGAAGAGCACCCUAAAGAUGGAGGAACGCGAGGUGGACGCCAUCCGGUUCUCCAGAGUACACCGGGUCGGACAAGCAGAGUCCUCCCGACAGAAGAGUCGUCCCAUAGUGGCCAAAGUUGUGGACACGAAAAUGAAAAUAUCCAUCAUGGGAAGAGGGAAAGAGCUACGCGGUACCAACUACUCCAUCAGCGACCAGUACCCACCGGAGAUCCUGAGGAGACGCAGACUGCUUCAUCCCGUCAUGACAGAGGUGAGGAAAAACAACAAGAAGGCUCGUCUGGUCACAGACAAACUUUACAUUGAUGGGAAACUAUAUAGUAACCCCGAGAUCACACACUGGCUCUUUGGAGGAGACACAAACACAAGCCGGUAA